UUACGAAAGUACAGGUGACAUGGAGGAGCAACACAGGCUACUUCUGCGGAAGAAUCGGAGGAAGCUGGUUGAGGGAUUGCAGCUGACCGAGCUGUGCGAUGUCCUCAUACAGAAGGGGAUAUUUACCAACGACAUGAUAGAGGAGAUCCAGAUUGCCGGGACACGAAGGGAUCGAGCUCGGAAACUUGUGACUGACCUAGAAACCCGUGGCAGCAAUGCAUUUCCUCUGUUUCUGUUAAGUUUAAAAGAAACCGGGCAGCAUUGGCUUGUGGACUUGCUUCUAAAUGAUAAUGGAAACCAAGUAGUAAUCCCCCAUCUAGACCCUGAUCCAGUGCCACAGCCCCUGUCUAAACCUGUUUCAGAAACAGGAUUUUCUGGUGCUAAAAGGACAGUGAAAUUUGACAAAGAUAAGGAUUAUCCUAUGACCUCGGAUCCUUGCGGCUACUGUCUUAUUAUCAAUAAUAUGGAGUUCCUGGAGUGCUCCAAUCUGUCUUACAGAACAGGUUCAGAUAUCGAUCGGCAGAAGCUGGAAUACAGACUGCGCUCAUUUCGUUAUGAUGUUGUGGUAAAGAAUAAUCUGAAAGGGGCGGAAAUUCAUGAAGAACUGCAGCAGUUGGCGAAAAAAGAUCACAGUCAGCGGGACUGCUGUAUGGUGGUGAUACUGUCUCAUGGCUGUGAGACUCGACAUGUUCAGUUUCCUGGAGGUGUUUAUGGGACAGAUGGAGUUCGCAUCCCAGUGGAAAGAAUUGUGAACUAUUUCAAUGGCUCUAACAGUCCCAGCUUGCGGGGAAAACCAAAACUAUUCUUCAUCCAGGCUUGCGGGGGAGACCAGAAAGACAGAGGCUUUGAAGUAGAUGCAGAGGGGCCACCAUCGAGUGAGUCCUCGGACUCCAUUCAAUCUGAUGCAACCCCAGUCAGGGCAGACAAGGAUACAGAUGAUGAAACUGACGCUGUCGCAAGUCUCCCAACUGCUGGUGAUGUUCUGGUUUCCUAUUCAACUUUCCCAGGUUAUGUGUCCUGGAGACAUAAGGUAACUGGAUCUUGGUAUGUUGAGAUUCUCGACAAAAUCCUUAGUGAGCAUGCAGGAUCAGAAGACCUCCAGACACUCCUUGUGAUGGUGGCAAAUGAAGUUUCGUCGAAAGGAACCUAUAAGCAGAUCCCCGGAUACUUUAACUUUCUUCGAAAACGUUUUUACUUUAAAACGAAUUAGAGACCAGCCAUAGACUUUCUUUUCAUGCAGAUGUCGCCCCAAAGAAGGGGUUUAAUCAAUAAGAUAAAUGAUAUCCUCCGCUACUUGAGAUACGUUGGCUACCAUUUUGGAUGAAUCAAUUAAAGAAGCUGAAAUUUGUGCCAUUUUAAAUGUUUUCCAUGUAAUAAAUACUGUAUUCUGAGUUUACGCACUUAAUGUCUGGUUGGCUGGAGACACCAAAACUGAAAUUUUCUUUUUAUUUUAUAUUUUCUAUUAAAUAUUUUCUACUUA